CUUUGUUAACAAAUCCGUGCACCAGAAAUAUCCAUCUGUCACAACUCCGCCAUUUUCAACUGUAUUAGCGCCAGAGCUUUUGCUGUGGGUAGAGUGGGAAAAUUCUAAUGCCUCUAGAGAUGUAGAACAAUUAAAAUACUCUUAAAAACUUGUUAUGAUCUUAGCUAAGUGAUUUGAAAAGAAACUGUUUUGCACUCGUGUAGGCCUGUAACAGAAAGAUACGUAUAACUAAAUACAUAUGACACCACACACACCCAGCACACACACACCAGAAAUAGGAUUCUAAUUCCUCUUUCAAGGCGGAAGAGUUCCAAGAGCAAAAUCUGAUGGCGGGUUUUAAUGAUUGAUAAUCAAGCCAAUCACGGUUGUAGGAAAAUGUCACCAGUCUAGCAGCAAUAAACAGCACAGAAGGGUUGAGACUCUUUGAUUAUUAACAUGCUGAAGAACUGUCUACCUAAAAGAAUGGACACGCAAUAAGACGACAAACGAGCCAAACUUCAGACAUAAGAGCAUAACUUACAUUUUUAUAUUAUAUUGUAAAGGCUAUUUUUUCAAGCAGUCAGGGAGAGUCUGUUGGACUUCAACAGCGACAAAAUGCUGUUCAUCAACGACUGUUUCACAUGUGGUGUGUCACUGAUGUUGCUGUGCUCCAUCACGUGCUGCGCUGCUUAUAAUGUCGACGUGCAGUCUGCAGUCGUUCAUCAUGGACCCAACAAAACUUCCUUUGGAUACCGCGCUGAGUUCCUCAUUUUUGAUAAUGGUUCUACAAGCUUGCUAGUUUCGGCUCCACGCUUCAAACCUGAGAAUCAAAUGUCAUCGGGAAAGCACUUCUUUUGCAAACCGUUAGAACACGUUACCUGUGCUGACAGGACGACCACUCCACUUGGCAGAAAACAAGAAAAUGCUUUCCAAGACUUUGAAGAGAAGAAAGAAAUGUUUGGUCUUACAGUGACCUUGCUCAACAAAUCCAGUGCUUUGGUGUGUGGACCAGUCUGGAAUGACCAGUCAAGAAUUAGGUAUGAAUUUCACUUUCCAGUUGGGCGAUGUCAGCUUAUUCCACCCGGGACAUCUUCUUUAUCUCCUAUUUACAAGAAAUUUAGCAGGGAAUACAUUGGACUUGUGGAAGUGGAUGGCCAAAGGAUUCGUCACAUUUUGAAAGGUUUAUCGCAGUUUGGCUUCUCCGCAGCAGUUGAUGGGGAUGGGGAUAUUGUAAUGGGAACUCCUGGAUUCAGUAUCGGAAGAGGGUCCUUUGGUGUCCUUACACUAGAAGACGAAGACUUUGACAUGAAGGAAAACGAGUUGUUUGACAAUGAGCCUGGUGUUUACUUGGGUUUUGCUGUUGCCGUUGGAAAUUUCUGCGGUAACUUGACAGUUUGUUUUGCUGUGUCAAACAGAAUGCCCAAUGGAAAGGUGUACAUCGUGGCAAGGAAACAACAAAAAGUCUUCGAUCAGAUUCAGCUCUUGCAAGAAUUUCAGAAUUACUCCUCGUACGGAUCCACCCUGUGUUCCAUGGACAUCAAUGGCGACGGUCUCUCUGAUCUGUUGGUUGGAGCCCCGACCUACUCGUAUCACAACAAACUCCCGUGGUCUUACGACGAGGGCAGGGUGUUUGUCUACCUGCAGCUACAGGGCAAGCUUCAAAAGGAAGUCGAUCUGGCAGGUGGCAGUAGGAUGUUUGCUCGUUUCGGAUCUGCUAUAGGAGACAUUGGCGACAUCAACAAGGACUCUAUAAAUGAUGUAGCCAUCGGCGCACCACAGGAGGACGAAGGAGUAGGGGCAGUGUACAUUUACCUGGGAAGAUCAAAAGGACCGAGUCAAAGCUACUCACAGCGCAUCUCUGGGCAACGUAUUGAGAAAAGACUGCUCUCAUUUGGAACUCACAUAUCGCAGCCUGUUUCAAAUUUGAGCGCCUAUCCAGCCUUUGCCGUAGGAAGCCCAGAAAGCGAUGCUGUUGUUGUUCUCCGCAUUCGCCCGAUCAUCAGCGCUAGAGCCUACAUCCUGACACCUGCAAGUCCUGUAAACAUCUCUAACAACCUCUGUCCACCCAACAUCAGCAUAGACAGGCUCACGAUCAGCGGAUGUUUAGAGCUGAAACUAUGUGUAAACUACUCUGUCAGCCAUGCAAGACAACAAUAUGACAAUCUUUCAUUUGACUUAACCUUCGAAAUCGAUACUCUGGUGACCAAUAGAGGAUGGAGGCGGAUGCAUUUGUUUAGAGGUCAAGGCCACCCCACAGUGACGUCAGUCAGAGAGACUGUGUCCGUGAACUCCGAGCAAGGUCACUGCCAGUUGUAUACUGCAGUAAUGAGAGAGAAACAGAUCAGCUGGAAUCGAUUCGAAGAAGUAAAAAUAGAAGCUACGUUUGCUUUGAACACCACACAAGUCAAUGGAGACAUUACGCCCAUUAUGAAUAAAGAUCUACCUACCAACACAUCAACAGAGCUGCUGUUCCUGAAUGCUUGUGGUGAAAGUCAGAUAUGCAGACCGGACCUGGUUUUGUCGGGGAACGUGCUCCACGUGCCGUCAGAAGAAAGUCUGAAUCUGAAUGUUGUCAACAUCACGAGUGAAGUGGUGUUAAACCUCUCUGUCACCAACAAACAGGAAACAGCUUACGGGAUCAGAUUGAUAGUCAGCAUACAAGGACAGAUUCAAUUUUUGACUGCAGAUGGCAACUACGCAUCAAGUUUUAGUUGUGACCUUCCAAACAACCAAGAAGACAACGAGCUGGAUGAGGGGAGGACAUUAACUUGCUCUAGCUGGUCUCCUCUGAACCAAGGGGAAACAUUAUCCGUCAGACUUCUGUUCGAUGGAGCUUCGGUCUCGCUGGAGGCCAGCUCCCCACUGAUAAUCUUCAAUAUUACUUCCGAGCCCUACGACAUCGUUCAGAAUCCAGAAAGAGAAAUGAGUGACAACACGAUCCUUCUGGAGUCGAGAAAGCUGAUCAUUGCGGACCUUCAUCUAGAGGGGUUGUCGGACCCUCAUUCUCUGUAUAUCUACCCGGAGUCCGAUCACACGCCUCUACAAGCCGCCCACAGGCUGCUGGUGACCAAUCGCGGCCCGAGCUUUAUGCCCGCUACUCACGUGAUCAUCAGUCUUCCUUAUAUGGACAUGGAGGGGAGGGAACUGCUGACAUCACACAACGUGAUGGUUAAGCACUCUGAUGGAGCCCUAGACCCGUGUUCUUUUGUCAACCCAUUCGAUACGGGUAUGACAACACAAUCCACGCCGUCAUCUUUAAUGGUCAAUCCUUCUACAAUCACCACUAAACAUGGGUCAGAGGGCUCGACCUUUGGUGAUGUAGAAGCAACGCGUCGUCGUCGACGUCAAGCAGGUGACGAGGCACGCGAUAACACGACCGAGAAGUCGGGAAAGGAAGGAGCUUUACUACGGAUGGACUGUAUGAGCUACAAGUGUAGAACCUUCCAGUGCAUAGACUGCCGAUACUCCCUAUACAUGAACAGGCGGAGAUUAAUAUCACUGUUGUCUUCAAACGAGAUGUCCUGCUCUUCCCUAGUAAAAUGGACACCAUCAUGUACCUGACUGAGAGCAAAGUGAUGGAACCUUCAACUUUUCUAUGGGUGGACAGAGCCACGAUCAAAAAAUGUAUCCACCCCGAUUUAUUAUGUGAGGUCACGCAGCAAGGUCAGCAUUUGGAUCAUCGUUGGCGUGUCGUCGGUGGCCUUCUGGUGCUCGUUGUUAUCAUCGUCGUUCUUCGACGUCUGGGCUUUUUCCGGCGGUGGACAAAGAGAGGCUGCAGCGACUGAAGCAAGAGAGCGGAUAUCACAGUAGCAGACGACAACCACAGAGGUCUGCCGGUCCCCUCACGGAGGAACCGAUCUCCGAAGAAAAAUAAGGACUGGAGCACACACGUGAAGUGUUUAACAAUAAAAACACUUGAAUACCACAGAUGAGAUUUUUCGUGAUUAUCUGCCAUCAUAAAAAUCAAGCAUUGGAUCGAAUAUGUUUGUUUUUAAAGAGUGAAUAAUGGAAAGAAAACCCGUACGUGGCUGGAACCUUGCGUUUAUUUCUAUUAUUUUUCACAUAUUAAAAUUUUGGUGGAAUUUUAA